GCCGUUUCGUUUUUAGCUAGUCUCCCACGCACUCUCUCUCUCUCUCUCUCUCAGACGCUGAAAACCUCCUCACUGUCUCAUCUCUUCCACUACCCACAAACCCACAACCACAGCCGCCACCACCACCACCUCCCAAGCCCCAACCACAGCCACCACCACCACCUCCCAAGCCCCAACGACAGCCACCACGACCACCCAAAAAUCGAGCCUAGUUAGGUCCAAAAACAAAUGGGUCAGGUCUAGCCCGACCCAUUUGUCUUAUCGUUUCUAACCCUAACGGUUCAUGCCCCUAAUCUAGAACCUUCCCUCGUUUUGCUUCUCAUCUGAGCUCUCUUGACAGAAACCCAUGGCUUGAGCGACCUGAUCUCAUCACCUCAAACUGGCACUGCCACCAUAGGAGGCGGCUUGCUCCUCAGCAAAAAGCCUUACCAAGAUUCCCAUUUCUUUUUUCUGUUUAUUGUUAUCAAAACCCUAAUUUCUUGUUUGGUACACUGCAGGACCGAAGGCACCGAUUGACGCUUCGCGAGACAUUCAUCGCUCUGUCUAUCUCUCACUUGCGGCUAGGGAUUUAGAGGAAAUUCAAGAGCUGUUGAGUGAGGUCGAUGGCACUGUAAAGCCUUCACUUUCUCAGAGAUUGCAAAGCCAGUGUCUCUGCAAACAGCAAGUUCUAAAUACCCAUCAACGAUUCCAGUGUCUCUGCUAAAAAGCAUGGAGGCAUCAAGGCUAUACUCGUACAUGAUCCAACGGCCAUCAUCGUUCACCGACUUAGAACUACUCUCAUACCGAUACCUUUUCUUCAACCCAUGAACCCUGAUCGGCAGCGUUGCCGUCUCAGUCUCAAGAGCACUAGUUUUGUCGUCACAAUAAAUCUUGACGCCGGAGUCCUCGCCUUUCCAUGCACCCUUGUCCCCUACCGUCCGAUCAAAACAAGAAAGGAAACGCCGAGAGCAAGAGUGUGCACAACUGAAGGGCCUUGUUGAAGAACUUGAAAGAUCAGAUGUGCAACCAGCUAAACGUGUCACUCGCGGGCCAAACAAGUACUUGGAAAUUUGGGAUCUUCCUGAUGAUCAAGAAAUUGAGUUGCCACUAAAUAGCAUGUAUCAGCCGGUUGAUGAGGGGGCAAGGACUUUCACUGGUUUCUUGGGUACGAUUGCACGGAAACCCCACAUGUGCCCGAUUAAAUACCUUGACUGGAAGGUCAUGCCAGAAGAACUUAAAGAAGAGUGUUGGCGUCUUGUAAAGCGAAAAUACCAAGUCCCUGAUAAUCCUAAGGCAUAUGAGGGUUUGAAGAAAUUUACUUUACAAAAAAUUGGGAAGGCGUGGAGAGAUCAUAAGUGUAGGCUAAAGGCUAAGUAUUAUAUACCGCAUUCAAGAAACAAAGCACGGGUGAAGAGCAACGGACCUAGGAAAUGCAUACCAGAAGAUUGGAAUAUAUUUGUUGAUCAUUGGUAUUCUGAUGAUGCAGUGGACAAAAUGAGGGAAUUGUUGGCUGACCCUGAGAAUCAAUUGCAGUCAUCUGACACAAGUGGUAGUAUUGCAUGGUCAAGAGAUGAUGUGUUUGCCAAAGUGAUGGGUAAGGAGCACAAAGGUCGCAUUCGUGGGGUAGGAUUUGGUCCAACCCCAAGUGGUCAAAGUAGUAAGACUGCUCUCACGGACAGUGAAAUACGAUUAAGUCAAGCAAGGGACGACGAAGUUGCACAAUUGAAGGCUUCCUUGGCUACUAUGGAGGAGAAACUAGCAGGUUUUGACGAAAUGAAGGAAAAAGUUAGUCAAUUCGAAGAAAUGGAGGAAAGAAUGGAGCAAAGAAUGGCUCGCCUGCUUCAACAGAUGCAACAAACUACACAAUGCAAUCAGGAUCUUUCUCCGGUCGAACAAUCUCCACCUCUCCCCAGAUCAUCAGCUGCAUCUCAUCAACCAAGAAGCUUAUAAGUUUUAUCUUGGAGUUCUUGGACUUUUUUGUGUACGAAGAACUAUGGAAGAACAACCGCAUUUUUUGCAAGUGUUGAAAGAUAAUUUUAAACACUUUGAAAUUUUGAUUAUAGUAUUAGAUUAAUUUCAGCGGUUGUUUUAUUCAAAUCACCACAUCUUUUUUUUGUUAAUUUGAAGAUGGUGGUUAUAGAUAAUGCUAUGUAUUUGAUAAUACAUUUCUAUGUUAAUAUUACGUUAGUUUCAAGACA